AGAAAACAUCUCAUGCUGUGGAUCUUCACUCUGUGUGUUUCCAAUUAUCCCUCAGCAGGUAUUACAGAUCACAGUAAACAAAUAGGGCAUGUGCUCCAACAAACAGAAACUUCCAUGAAAGUGGAGAUCACAAAACUUCAUCAAAGUUGGUCAGAUUCGUGAUAAAUAUGGCAAAAAGGUUUAUGAGGUGGUUCGACCAAUCAGAUUACAUGACCUGCACAAAAGGGAUUUAGAGUCAAGACCGGACACAGUGAAGUACGCUAUAGAACUGGGUGGUAGAGAUAUUCAAAUGCACCUUCAGAGAAAUGAGUUGCCUAUUAAAGCCUGUAGACUGAUUUUCAUGCAAAGGGAACGGGUCGGUUUUGCCGGGAAAAUCCAAAGGAUGUGACGUUUAUGCGCGCUCCCGAGAGCCUUGCCUCAAGCCUUCUCUUCCGCUAUUCAAUAGCGACAACAAACAGUCUGCAACACUAAGUAACGUUAGCUUAGAGAUGGAAUCCAGCAAACAGCCAGCUCCCAGCACAACACCGACUCCUACACAAACUCAGAGUAAGCAAAAACAUUUUUUUUACUGAAUCCCGUCUGGCUAAGCGGGAACGUGAUAGUGAUCGAGCGAAAACUAGAGUGAACAUCGGCAGGGCAUUUGAUUUCUGGAGGGACCUUCAUUCAGUUUUGGGGAUCAAAACCGACCCUGAAUUGGCGUUCUUCUUAUUGGACAGGUAAGCUUACAUAACUGCAAAGCAUGUGAAAUAUAGUGCCAUAAGGAUUGAUCUGUGUAAUUUUAACUAAUUUGAUUUUGCCUGCACAGUAACUGUCAAAAACAAUGUUAAUCUGUAAUUAUUCAGCAAGGUAAACUACAAUAACACAUGAAAUGAAUGCUAGACAAUGUUCAAGAUAAUGUAAAAAGAUCCAUUCAUUAGUGUAGCGUAACUUGGUUAUACAGAAAAUAUAUACAUUCUAUUAUUAUAAAACAAUAGUGCAUCGAUAUAUCAAAAUGAUAGUUGUGAUGGAGUCACAUCAAUACUGAAUUGUGUCAACAUAUUUAUAAUGUACAGUCUAUUUUAUAAACAGCUACUGUCAUCAUCCACCAAAUUUACCUAACAGCCAUUGAUAAAGCUGGCUAGCUAGCUAACGCCAACAUAGGCUAUCGUAUAAAUGCAGUCAAUGUAUCAUUCAAAGAAAAUUGAUUACUUCAAACUAACGUCUCGCAUAGCCAGACCUAUAUCCACAGUUUGUUUUAGCCCUGUUCCAGCACUGGAGAGUCAAAUAUAAUAUCCAGUCUCAAAGUUUGUAGUAAAACAAUCAUAACUGUGUAAUUUUAAUUAUGCUACCUCAUCUGUCAGCAUGAUGCCGGUGAAUCACAUUCAGUCUCUUUGUACAUUACGUCUUUGUUUUGCUGAUGCUCGCUCGCACGCAUCCCUAUGGAGUGUGUGUACGAGCGCAAGCACGAGCCAGAGGUAGCUGGCUGCAGUUCACUUAAUGGCCACAGGUGUCAUUAAUAACAAGGGUUUCUGAAUCUUACAACCUGCACCUUUAACAAACCAAUAUGCAUCAUAAAACAUGAGUUCACACAUUACGCAUUGUGAUUUAUGAGUCCUUUUGUUGUGACUGAUCUGAAAAAUGUGUGUUGGUCAACAGUGGUUUACUGACCAAAGAUUAUAGCGAGGCCCACUACACUGAAGAUGGGACACUGGUCACAACCACACCUAAGGAUCUGGAUUUAUGUUACUAUCAUGGGAAAAUAGUGAAUGACAGUGACUCGUCGGUUAGCAUGAGCACCUGUGAUGGACUACGAGGCUAUUUCCAGACAGCUGAGCAGAGGUAUUUGAUUGAGCCGUUGUCUGAGAAUGAUGAUGGUGACCAUGCAGUCUUUAAGUAUGAAGCUAUAAAUGAAGAUAGGCCUAUGAUGUGUGGAGUAUCCAAUACUAGUUGGGAUGAGACUGGAGAUGGCUUUCCUCCACGCAUCAGCAAAUCUCGCUCUCGUUCCUCAGGACCAACUUUGUUCCAGCAACAAAAAUACAUUGAGCUCUUCCUGGUGGCAGACAACAGAGAAUACAAAAAAAUGGACAGCGACCUUGUCAAGCUGAGAAAGAGGAUAUUUGAAAUCAUAACUUUCAUCAAUAAUGUCUACAAGGAAAUCAACACCUUUGUUGCUCUGUCUGGGUUUGAAGUGUGGACUGACAGUGAUAAGAUAACAGUGUCCCCUGAUGCUGGAGCAACCUUGAACAGCUUUAGCAAUUGGAGAAACAGCGAUCUCAUUAAAAGACAUCACCAUGACAAUGCCCAACUCCUCAGUGCGAUUGACUUUGAUGGAGAAACUGUUGGCUUUGCUAACACUGGAACGCAGUGUGGAAGUCUUUCAACAGGGAUUGUGCAGGAUCACAACUCUGAAGCCAUAGCAGUGGGGGCCACAAUGGCCCAUGAAAUGGGGCACAAUCUUGGCAUGAGCCAUGACGGCAGCACCUGCACUUGUUCUGAAAGCGCUUGCAUUAUGACUGCUGCUCUCAGCUAUCACAUCCCUCAGCACUUCAGCAGCUGCAGUAUUGGACACUACGAGGAGUUCCUGAACACCAUAAAUCCAGGAUGUCUUCUAAACAUGCCAAAACCAAAAGACUUGAUUCAGCCUGCUCUGUGUGGAAAUGGGUUUAUGGAGACAGGAGAGGAAUGUGAUUGUGGAACAGUGCAGGAGUGUACAAACCCAUGCUGCAAUGCAAUCACCUGCAAACUGACAAAGGGCUCACAAUGUGCAACAGGGGAGUGUUGUGAGAAGUGUAAGAUCAUGUCAAACUCACAUGUGUGUCGUCCAAAAAAUGAUGAGUGUGAUCUGCCUGAGUACUGCACCGGAAAAUCAGCCGAGUGUCCUGAAGACGUCUUUACAGUCAAUGGCCUCCCUUGUAAAGAUGGAAAAGGCUACUGCUACAAUGGCCAGUGCCCAAUGAAAGAGGACCAGUGCAUUAAAAUGUGGGGUCCAACUGCUGAGGUGGGUAAAGACGACUGUUACAACCAUAACACAAGAGGAGAGUACUACGCCUUCUGCAAGCGCACCCCCGAUAAAUAUAUCCCAUGUCAGAAUCAAGAUGUGAAGUGUGGAAAACUGUUCUGUGAUAAAGGCAAUGGAAGUCCUAAUUAUGGACGGCUGGUACAUGUAGGUUCUAGCAACUGUAGAGCCACUUUCUACAAUAACCCUGAAGAGGAUUAUGGCCAAGUGGAUACUGGCACCAAAUGUAGGGAAGGAAUGGUUUGUAGCCAGAAUGAGUGUGUUGAUCUAGAGACAGCUUUCAAAGCAACCAACUGCUCAGCCAAGUGCAAAGGACAUGGGGUUUGUGACCACAGACUGCAGUGCAGAUGUGAGCUUGGAUGGCUGCCACCGGACUGUGAAACACCAGAUGAUAAUGGCUCUUCUUCAGUUACAACAGUAGUCAUUGCAGUGGUCGUCAGUGUCCUGGUUGGGAUAGCUCUAACUGCACUGGGAAUCUUCCUGUACAAACGCAGAAAGAGGGGACCAUGUUCAUCCAGUAGUCGUUCAAGGCAUUUGAAAGUUCAUGGUGUCAACAUCCCUGACUACAAACAUCAGAGACAGCCCACGCCUAACCAGAACCCAAUCACGAUUAUAAAGCCUACAGCACCUCCUCCACCUCCACAUGUAUCCUUCCAGUCCAGAGCUCUACAUACCGACUUCAGAGAUGCACGGCAGGCUCUACGACCACCUCAUCCAAGGGUGUGAUGCUUCGCUCUAGUCAAACAUCAGGAAGUGGAACAGGCUCCCUGGGAUGGUCAAUCACUCCACACCCUGCAGAUGGGAACACUUGUUGGAAUAAGACAAACUGAGACUGCAACUUAGUAACCUCUUCAAAAGAUGACAUACAGAGUAUGGCUGUGAAAACAAGCCAAGGCUUGGCCAAGACAAGAGGCGAAAAAUUAUAAUGAAAUGCUGCUUUUAUAGUGUGCAAAAGAUUGACACAGUCACAAAAAGUAAAUUUUAUACAAUGUAUUCUAUUUUCUUUUUUUUUUUAAAUAAGAGUGAUUUUUUUUUUCUGUCUUUUUAUUUUUUUACAUUUUUACACUUACUUAAUUUAUAUUGCUGUGACAGAAAUAAACUGUACAUACGUAGGCUAUUUA